AGAGAGGAAUCGUUUCGCUUCGUAUAUAAGCCAUUGAAGCUUGACGCUAUAUAUCAUUGAAGUGUGGACUGUGGAGAAAGCGAGAGCGAGAAGGGAAGAUCGAGAGAAAAAGAGAGUUACAGUGUGUCUCUCUCGCAUUUCAGACACAGGAAACCGUGGUCAUGGCAGAAUUGAGCGAUUCAGUUUCCGUCGAUAUGGAAACGAUCUCUCUUGGUGGAAAGGAACAUAUUGUAUAUACUGGCCAUGGUCCUGUGUCGGUUGCGGUGUUUGGAGAUCAGGAUAAACCAGCUCUCGUCACUUAUCCUGAUUUAGCUCUAAAUCAUAUGUCUUGUUUCCAAGGCCUAUUCUUUUGCCCAGAAGCUGCUUCGUUGCUGCUCGACAACUUCUGCGUUUACCAUAUCAGUCCUCCUGGGCAUGAGUUGGGUGCUGCUGCAAUUUCUCCCGAUAUCCCUGUGCCUUCUGUUGAUGACUUAGUGGAUCAGGUUGCUGAUGUUCUCGACUUCUUUGGGCUUGGUGCAGUGAUGUGCAUGGGGGUCACAGCUGGUUCUUACAUUCUUACACUAUUUGCGAUGAAGUAUAGAGGGCGGGUUAUUGGUUUAAUACUUGUUUCUCCCCUAUGCAAAGCACCAUCUUGGACGGAAUGGUUGUAUAAUAAGGUGAUGAUAAAUUUGUUAUACUUCUAUGGAAUGUGUGGUGUGAUGAAAGAGUGCUUGCUUCAACGGUACUUCAGCAAGGAAGUUCGAGGUAGCGGACAAGUCCCAGAAUCAGAUAUUGUGCAGGCAUGCAAAAGUUUGCUAGAUGAGAGGCAGGGUGCAAAUGUGUUGCGGUUUCUUCAGGCGAUUAGUGGCAGGAGACAUGACAUCACUGAUGGACUGAAGAAAUUGCAGUGUCGGACACUAAUAUUUGUGGGUGAAAACUCUCCUUUCCACUCUGAAGCUCUACACAUGACCUCAAAACUUGAUAGGAGAUACUGUGCAUUGGUCGAGGUUCAGGCAUGUGGAUCGAUGGUUACGGAGGAGCAGCCUCAUGCAAUGUUGAUACCGAUGGAGUAUUUCUUCCUGGGAUAUGGACUGUACAGACCGAGCCAGCUGAGUGGCAGCCCCAGGAGUCCUUUGUGCCCAUCGUGCAUCUCACCAGAGCUGCUCUCGCCUGAAAGUAUGGGGUUGAAGCUAAAGCCCAUAAAGACACGGGCUUCACUGCAAGUAUGAGAGGAGAGCAGGGGCGAGGGCUGAUUGAGAGUUG